GAUGGUGUAGAUAUCGACGCAACUUUAGAGCGUUUAAUGACCCGUGUAGCUACAUCUGGUCUCUUCGCUUCUAUCAAAUCGAAAAUAUCUCUCAUCAAUGCUUCGUAUCCGUUGUUCCCGAAGGAGGCCUUGAUAUUUUGCGUUCCCUGCCUGGUGUUGCCUAUGUAGAGGAAGAUGAGAUCAUCACAGCUGACGCUGUCGAAUGGGGUCUCGAUCGCAUCGACCAGAGAGAUCUCCCUCUCAACGGGGAAAUGAACAUCGCUGGCACUGGUGCUGGAGCUCAUGUUUACGUAAUCGACUCUGGUAUCUAUACAGACCAUGAAGACUUUGGUAGCCGUGCUAGUGUUGCUGCAGACUUCAUAGGUGGAGAUGGGCAAGAUUGCAAUGGACAUGGAACCCACUGUGCCGGCACUGUUGCAGGUAAUACAUAUGGUGUUGCUAAACAGGCCUCCGUCUACGCACUCCGUACCCUCUCUUGCAGUGGCUCUGGCUAUAAAUCUGACAGCAUCGCAGGUAAAAACACCUUGCCAAGAA